GCCAGAGUGACUCUGCCCAGCAAGUGUAACGGUAGCAGUUGUACGCGUGAUUGUAAAAAGAAAACCGAGAACCCUCGUAACAGCCAGCACGAUGAAUCAACCCGUCAGUUGUUUACCAGUGACAGCCACAAAGAUGUCGAAGGCGAAGAAAGUGCUCGAUGAGGCCCGCGAAACCCAAAAUCGGGAAAUAGACCUAGUGGACAAGGGCAUUUCCAACUUCGAGGAACUGCCCGGAUUGCUGAAUAUGACGUUUGUGACGCGGAUUACUCUGAGCCAUAAUAAGUUAAAAAUUGUCCCACCCGGCGUAGCAAAUUUGAUCAAUCUGGAGAUUUUGAACCUGUCCAAUAAUCAGCUGGAAGAGCUGCCCCUCUCACUGUCGUCGAUGCCAAAGCUGAGAAUUUUGAACUGCUCCAUCAAUCGGCUGAACACGCUCCCGCGAGGAUUCGGUGCGUUUCCGGUGCUGGAGGUCCUCGACCUAUCGUACAAUAAUUUGAACGAAAAGAUACUACCGGGAAAUUUCUUCAUGAUGGAUUCGUUGCGUGCGUUGUAUUUGGGAGACAAUGAUUUCGAAACUCUUCCACCAGAGGUGAAGAAUUUGAAGAAUCUGCAAAUUCUUGGCCUUCGGGACAACGACCUACUGGAACUGCCGCGGGAAAUCGGCGAGCUGACCCGCAUCCGCGAGUUGCACAUCCAAAACAACCGCCUCACCGUGCUGCCACCGGAAAUUUCCAACCUGGAUCUGCAGAGCCAAAAGUCCGUAAUGAAGAUGGAGGAAAAUCCAUGGGUUACAGCGAUUGCCGAGCAGUACCUGAUCGGCAUCAGUCACGUGCUCGAGUACAUCAAAACCGAGGCGUACAGAAUUUUAUACAAUCGCUACAUAUCUGCCGGAAAGGCAGGAAAUGAGCCACCCAAAGCGGAUAAGAGCAAGAAAGCUUCCAGGGCCCGUUCUUAACCAAAAAUGCCAUUUGAUUGAGUAUUCACCGUUUUAAAACUGUUUGUGUAAUCGUCGUAGUUUUUCGGAAUAUUUACUGCAACUAAUCGAAUUAACCCGGACUGUUGUAACAACGACACAGCAUCGUGAGCCAAAAUUUUACAAUGUGACUUAGAACGUGCCUUAGUGGAACGAAUCGUUUAAACGUGCACUUAAAUAUUUUAUAUUUUUAUCGAUACUAAUAACUUAAGCAGAGAAUAUAUAAAAACCAAACCUUAUCAUAACAAA